AUGGCCGAGGACGACGAUAACAUGAGCGACCAAGAGGUCAACAACGAAGACGCCGAGACUGAACAGAAAAUCAUCAAUGAAGAAUACAAGACGUGGAAGAAGAACGCUCCUUUCCUCUAUGAUAUGAUCCUCAGCACGGCCCUAGAUUGGCCUACUCUUACAACUCAGUGGUUCCCAGAUGUGACAGCGGUACCCGACACCAACUACUCAAAACACCGUCUGUUGAUCGGCACACAUACGGCUGAAGGUCAACCGAACUACCUAGAAGUGGCCAGCGUCCAGUUACCCAAUCGCAAGAAACCAGAUGUGAAAGACUACAAUGAAGAGACAGGAGAAAUUGGUGGAUAUGGAGGGGGCUCAUCGGGCAAAAGUCAAAUUGAAGUCAAGUUCAACAUUGUCCAGAAAAUUGACCAUCCCGGCGAGGUCAACAAGGCACGAUACCAGCCACAGAACCCGAAUGUUAUCGCAACCAUGUGCACCGACGGGCGAGUCAUGAUCUGGGACAGAUCAAAACUACCCGGCUUGCCUUCAGGAAGGCCUAACCCCACAAUAGAGCUUAGUGGGCACACCAAGGAGGGCUACGGUCUAAGCUGGGAUCCUCACCAGUCGGGUCAGUUGGCCACAGCGAGUGAAGACUUUACAGUCCGACUUUGGGACAUUACGCAGGCAUCGAAGACCAACAAGUUGCUCGGCGAGUCUCGCAAAUACACCCACCAUUGGGGCAUCGUGAACGACGUACAGUUCCAUCCCAUUAUCCCCAAUCUGCUAGGAACAGUGUCGGACGAUCUCACCAUGCAGAUACUGGAUCUGAGACAGGGUGACACUACGCGAUCGGCCGCCAAGAGCGAGAGCCAGCACCGGGAUGCAAUCAAUGCUAUUGCGUUCAACCUCUCAGUGGAAACUGUGGUGGCGACUGGAAGCGCUGACAAGACCAUUGCAAUCUGGGACCUGCGGAAUCUCAAGGACAAGUUGCACGUCCUCGAAGGGCACAAUGACAGCGUGACGACGUUAGAGUGGCAUCCAUUUGAAGAGUCGGUUCUCGCAUCAAGCAGUUAUGAUCGAAGGAUCAUGUUUUGGGAUCUGUCCAAAGUCGGCGAGGAGCAGACCCCCGAAGACAGCGAAGAUGGACCUCCAGAGCUGCUGUUCAUGCACGGAGGACAUACCAAUCGCAUCAGCGACUUCUCCUGGAACAAAAACAUUCCCUGGGUGGUCUGCAGUGCAGCGGAUGACAACUUGAUCCAGGUUUGGAAGGCUGCCGAGGCUAUCGUUGGUCCUGAUGAUGAAGACGUCCCAAUGAAUGAGCUGGAAGGCUGA